UCGCACACGAACUGCAGCCUUUAGCAUCUCUGCUAAACCUUACUGUCUAUGGUAAAACCCAACGAACAGCGACGAUAUAUAAAAAUGAUCAAAACUAGCGCGUGGACAAUGACCUUCAAUCAUUUCAGCGAAACAUGUAAAUGUGAAAACAUGAUAAAAGACUUGCAUGUAUGUGAAGAAUGGUGCAUUUGAGCAGUGUGUGAUUUAGCAUUGGACUAUUGUUGUUCCUCACGUCAUGCCAGCCUGAACUUAAAGAGACCGCCGCUCUUCUUUAAUACAUGCUGAACCUCUCCGAAAUGAUUCUUGGUUCACUAAUAGGAUAAAUCAUAUCCAAAAAGUUGAUGAAUUCUUACAUUGAUGCUGUGAAUAAGUAUAACAGGGUUACUGCGUUAAGCACCAGCAGGUGAAUGAAGAGUUGUCAGUGAGAUGCUGUAGGAGGAAUUGGUAAUCAACACAGUGAUCGGAACAUCGGCACAGAAGAUGGACAAGAAAUCCUUUGAUAUAGUAUUGGACGAAAUUAGAAAGUGUGUUUUGACAGAUCAACGUAUCAAAGCUAUAGAGCAGGUUCAUGGGUAUUUCUCCAGUGAACAGGUGAUUGACAUGCUGAAAUACUUCUCUUGGGCAGAGCCACAGAUAAAGGCAGUCAAAGCCUUGCAACAUAAAAUGGUUGCAAUACCUACAACAAAGGUUGCAAACAUCCUUAAUUGUUUCACAUUCUCAAAGGACAGAAUUAUUGUACUGGAACUCAUUGCUCUAAAUAUUUCAGAUGCCCAAAAUUUCCGUCCUGUGGAUGAUGCGUUCCGUACUCACCUCGCUGAGAAGCGGUGUGCAAGAAGAAUCCUAGAGCAGGUGUGUAAGGUGGGAUGUAAAGCUCCAGUGGCUAUGAUUUCAUCCUGUGGGAUGAUCCCAGGCAACCCUUACCCCAAAGGCAAACCCAGCCAGGUCACUGGAACAUUCCCUAGAAUUCCUGCCAAAAAGGAUGGAGACGAUACAACCCUGGAUGGAAAGGGCAUUGCUGCACGUAUCCUUGGACCAAGCAAACCAUCACCAUCAACGUACAAUCCACACAGACCUGUGCCAUACCCCAUCCCACCAUGUAGGCCACAUGCAACUAUCGCUCCAAGUGCAUACAACAAUGCAGGUCUGGUGUCAGUGGGUGGGGUCAUCACUGCCAGUGUGCCACCCCCACCCUACCGAGCCACUCCCAAUUUGGCAGGUUACAGCCAACCUGUUGGGCAACAAAAUCCAACCUCCAACAUCUCUGGCACACCUGCUAUUUCUCCUCAUAAUUCCACCGCAUCCACUCCUGCCACCUCCCAGCCUCAGCCUACCACACCAAUCACUCCAGUUUUUCCUGGCAUGGUCCCAUCCCAGAACCCUGUUACCCCCUCCCCUACUCCUGCCCCCUCGCCCUCAGUAAUCAAAGGGCCUCCUGCCCCAGCUGGCUCUCCCCAAGUUGCCUCAAACUCUAGUGGCCACACCACGCCAGUUCCUUCUCCGUUCGCUGGCAUGCCCCCUUCUGGUCGAAACACCCCUUCAGUCAUCAGAAGUCAUACCCCAUCUGGAACACCCUGUGGAACACCUGGGCCAAGUGCAAGCAUCCCUCCUUCUCCCUUCCACAGUGCUCCCCGCUCAGAAAGACCUACUGGUGGACUCACAUCUACUCCCAGGGCAACUGAUGAUCCCUUGACUCCUCAUGGAGCUAUGGGAUUACACUCAAAGAAGGGGUACCCACCCUCCUCAGAUUCCCAGUCAGCACUUUUGCUCCCUGGCACUCCCUCCACCCAGUCACAUUCAGUUAUCCGUAGUUACACACCCUCAGGGAUGUCCUCCCUCACUCCUGGACGCUCUACUCCAAGCAUGCAAGGUGUUGGUGGAUUACCAGUGGCGUCCAGUCCUAGUCCUAAACCCUCUCCUGGACUGACCUCUCAGACAGCCAUGAGUAGCCCUGCUGGAGCUUUGUUUAUGGACCAACAUUCUAGCUCCAUGGUCCGGCAAGGUGGAGGUAGUGGAAGCAACAGUCCUGUCCCUUCUGCUUUUAAAGGUCCCUCCUGUUCUAGCACUCCUUCUCUUAGCUCUCUAGUUAUGCCAAGCUCUGCUGUUCUUGCCCGACCCCUUGGCAUUGCUCAUGGUGCUGCUUCACCACAGUCUUCUUUGCCCAGCACUGCUGGUGUAUCUGCACUACACAGUCUUUCCUCGGUUCUGGGCUCUCAGUCUGGAAGCAGCCCUUCUCCACAUUUUCCAGUGUCUCCUUUCUCUGGAGCCCAGUCCUCCAUUUCCACCUCAUCCACUUCUACUCCUCCAGUCUCAUCUGUAUACUCUGGCCUGGCCCACUCUAGUGCUCCCUCGCCCUCCCCCUUUGGCCUGGGAUUGACCACAGCUCCCUCCGUGUUCCCGGGUCUUCCUUCCGGCCCAAACCCUGCCUUCCAAGGUUUUGGAGGCUCAGGUCACACUGCAGCAGGUAGUCCGGUGCUGUCCUCCUUAAUGGGGCUUCCAGGAGCCUCUUCCUCAGUAGCCACCGUUGCACCUCUCCAGGCAGCAGCAGUCGCAGCAGCUGCUGCAGCAGGAAUCUCCUCCUCUUCUCCUGUGCUUCCUGGAUUUGCCUCUGCAUUCAGCUCUAACUUCAACCCCGCCCUUGUUGGCCAGGCUGGGCUAACUGGUAGUCUCCAGGCCCCUGGAGGUGCAGCUUUUCCAGGGUUGCUGUCUUUCCCCCCAGGGAUGCCCAGCUUCUCCACGACAGCAUCCCCUGCUUCCCUCUCUGGUCUUCACAACUCCGCCAUGCAAUCUGCUCUUUUGCAGGCUCACUCUGCAUCAGCGCUUGACAGUUACCCUCCCCAGCCAAAUGGAUUCACCAACUACCCUGCAGCCGCAGGCUCGAGCUUCCCUUUGCAGCCAGGCCUGCAUCCACAACUGGGUUGGCAGUAACUCAUUGUGAGUUACAGAGUGCAGGCAUAUCGAAAACUAUGUGACAUUUUGUGUGAAGCGUGCCUAAACAAUGACGAACAUUGUGGACUGUGGUGCUCUGCAUGAAAAAAGAUGUCAUAAUUGUCAUAACACAAUUAUGGGUAAAAUUCAGAAACUAAUGUGGAAACUCUACUCUCCAAUAAUUUCCUUUAGAAGAUACAAGUCUCAAAUCAAGACGAGCUUGUGGUUUAGCGCACUGCAUUAGUAGAACAUAAUUUUGAUUGACUUUUGAAGGCUGGACUGUAUUUGAAUUAAAUGAAUACUGUUCUUUA